AAUGCAAUGGAGGAAUAGUGAAAAGCAGCGCGUAGUAUUCUCUAAUAAAAAAUAAACAUACAAUUUCUCAUAAUUUGGCCUUCUUUACACUUUUUCUAAAAACACAAUUAAAGAGUUUAAGAUGACCGAAGAUGAAGAACUUCCGGUGGAGGCGACCACCUCUACGCCAAAGGAUGAUGUAUAUUUCCUGCAGUAUAUUGAAAUGGAAAAUUUUAAGUCGUAUCGCGGACAUGUAAUUGUCGGGCCUCUUAAGAAGUUCACUGCGGUCAUUGGACCCAAUGGUUCAGGAAAAUCCAAUUUUAUGGAUGCAAUUAGUUUUGUUAUGGGUGAGAAGACUUCGAGUUUACGUGUGAAGCGCCUUAAUGACCUAAUACAUGGGUCAUCAAUUGGUAAGCCAGUGUCUCGUAGUUGCUACGUAACUGCAAAGUUUCUUAUAAACGACGUGCAGCAGAUGGAUUUUCAGCGAGCAGUUAUUGGCGGUUCUUCCGAAUAUCGUAUCAAUGGGGAUAACGUAACGAGUAGUGCCUACUUAUGUAAGCUUGAAAAGAUGGGUAUAAACGUAAAAGCAAAAAACUUUUUGGUUUUUCAAGGCGCUGUAGAGAAUAUCGCAAUGAAAACACCAAAAGAACGCACGGCGUUGUUUGAGGAGAUCAGCGGUUCUGGGCUGCUUAAAGAGGAUUACAAUCGUUUGAAACAAGAAAUGAAUUUGGCCGAGGAGGAAACACAAUUUACGUAUCAGAAAAAGAAAGGCAUGGCUGCUGAACGUAAAGAAGCGAAGCACGAAAAGAUGGAAGCGGAGCGUUAUGCACGCUUAAAGAAUGAAUAUAAUGAGAAACAGGUGGAGUAUCAGCUAUUUCGGCUCUAUCACGUGGAGAACGAUAUUAAAAAGUUAAAUCAAGACUUGGAGACUAAACAACAAGAUGUUAAGGCAGUUGAAGCACGCAAGGAGCAAGCGGAUGAAGUGUUACGCGAGAAAAAGAAAGAUGCGGGAAAGUUUUCACGUGAUUUGGCAAAAAUUGAGCAAGAAAUACGUGAAUUUGAAACGCAAAUGAACAAAAAGCGUCCACUGUAUAUUAAAGCAAAGGAAAAGGUGGCACAUUGCCAGAAGAAGUUGGCAUCGCUACAGAAAACACUGGAGACGGCACGCGAGGCAGAUAAUGCACAUCAACAGGAUAUACGCAAGCUGGAAAAGCAGCUAGCAGAUGUGGAAACAUUAAAAAAACGUUUCGAGGACGACAUCGAAAAUGAGUCGCAGCGUCGUGGCAAAAGCGUAACAAUGGAAGAGGGUCUGGUGCAAGAGUAUGAUCGUCUCAAGCAACAAGCGGAGGCUACCGCCACGCAAUAUCGUUCACAAUUAGAUUCUGUUAAUCGUGAACAGAAAUCAGAUCAGGAUAUGUUAGAUGGUGAAGGCAAUCGUAAAGCUUCUGUCGAAGAGUCGCUAAAGAAAUUGACACUACAGCGCGAAGAAGCGGUAAAACGACGUGAUAAGCUAAUGGAUCACAUAAAAUCGUCGCAAGCCGCAUUGGAGGAGCAAAAUCGCAUUAAAGAUGAACUGCGACGCGAUGUGGGCUGUUCCAAGGAGAAGAUUGCUGAAAAACAACGCGAACUGGAAAAUGUGCGCGAUCAAUUGGGUGAUGCGAAGAGUGACAAGCACGAAGAUGCGCAUCGCAAAAAGAAGCAAGAAGUAGUCGAGUUAUUUAAACAGCAGGUGCCGGGUGUGUAUGAUCGCAUGAUAAACAUGUGCCAGCCGACGCACAAACGUUACAAUGUAGCAGUGACGAAGGUGUUGGGCAAAUAUAUGGAGGCCAUAAUUGUUGAUACGGAAAAGACCGCAAGACACUGCAUUCAGAUAUUAAAAGAGGGCAGGUUGGAAGUGGAAACAUUUCUGCCGCUAGACUACUUGCAAGUAAAGCCACUAAAAGAGCGUUUGCGUAACAUCACUGAGCCGCGCAACGUCAAACUCGUAUUCGACGUACUUAAAUUCGAACCCCCAGAAAUAGAGCGCGCAGUACUAUUCGCUACUAACAAUGCUUUGGUGUGUGAGACACCCGAGGAUGCUAUGAAAGUGGCUUACGAAAUCGACCGCACACGCUAUGAUGCACUUGCGUUGGAUGGCACCUUCUACCAGAAGUCUGGCAUUCUCUCUGGUGGUAGCCACGAUCUGGCGCGCAAAGCCAAGCGUUGGGAUGAAAAGCAUAUGGCACAGUUGAAAAUGCAAAAAGACAAAUUAAACGAGGAGCUGAAAGAGUUGGUAAAGAAAUCGCGCAAACAAAGUGAACUGGCAACGGUUGAAUCACAAAUUAAGGGAUUAGAAAAUCGUCUCAAGUACAGUAUGGUAGAUCUGGAAUCAUCGAAAAAAUCAAUCAAUCAGUUCGAUAAUCAAUUGAAGAUGGUGCAGAGUCAAUUAGAUGAAUUUGGCCCUAAAAUCAGUGAAAUUGAACGACGUAUGACGAAACGUGAGGAGCAUAUUCAAGAAAUUAAGGAGAAUAUGAACAAUGUUGAAGAUAAGGUGUUCGCCGCGUUCUGCAAACGAUUGGGCGUAAAGAAUAUACGACAGUACGAGGAGCGUGAGCUUGUUAUGCAGCAGGAGCGUGCGCGAAAACGUGCAGAAUUUGAGCAGCAAAUUGAUGCAGUUAAUACGCAAUUAGACUUUGAGAAGCAAAAGGAUACUAAAAAAAAUUUGGAGCGGUGGGAGCGUAGUGUACAAGAUGAAGAGGACGCACUUGAGGGUAUGAAAGCAGCUGAAAAACGAUAUCUUAAAGAAAUCGAUGAAGACAAGGAGAAGAUGGAGAAACUCAAACAGGGCAAGCAGGCGAAAAAACAAGCUGCUGACGACAUGGAAGAGGAUAUUUCCAAAGCUAGACGUGAUGUGUCGAAUUUGGCCAAGGAAAUUCACAAUUUGGGCAGUCAGAUAUCAACCAUAGAGGCGAAAAUUGAAACUAAAAAGAAUGAACGUCAUAAUAUAUUGAUGCAGGCAAAGAUGGAUUGCAUACCUAUACCGCUGCUCAAAGGAUCCCUCGACGAUGCUGUGCGUCAAGGCGAUUCUGAAACGAAUACCACCUCUACUUCACUCAUUUUAGAGCGUGAAAAUCAAAUUGAAGUCAAUUACAGCAGUUUGCCGCGCGAAAUAUGCAAACUGAAAGAUGACUCGUCUUUCAAGAAAAUGAACGAUCAAUUGCAAAAGGAUUUGCAGGCGAAAUUAGACGUACUCGAACGCAUACAAACACCCAAUAUGAAGGCAAUGCAGAAAUUAACGCUUGUCACUGAAAAAAUACAAUCCACCAAUGAGGAGUUCGAGAAUGCACGUCGCAAAGCGAAAAAGGCGAAGUCUGCUUUUGAGAAAGUGAAAAAUGAGCGAUCCGAGAAAUUCAUACAGUGCUGCAAUCACAUAUCCGAUGCAAUUGAUGGCAUCUACAAGAGCUUGGCGCGCAAUGAAGCUGCACAAGCAUAUCUGGGCCCCGAUAAUCCGGAAGAACCAUAUUUGGAUGGCAUCAAUUAUAAUUGCGUGGCGCCGGGCAAACGUUUCCAGCCCAUGAGCAAUUUGAGUGGCGGUGAGAAAACAAUUGCCGCUUUAGCAUUGCUCUUCUCCAUACACAGCUAUCAACCAGCGCCGUUUUUUGUGCUCGACGAAAUUGAUGCAGCGCUCGACAAUACCAAUAUUGGCAAGGUGGCCUCCUACAUACGCGAUCACACAAACAAUUUGCAGACCAUUGUUAUUUCGUUGAAGGAGGAAUUCUAUGGACAUGCUGAUGCUUUGGUGGGCAUAACACCUGCGGAGGGCGACUGUUUGAUAUCGAAUGUUUACUUAUUCGAUCUGAGCGUUUUCGAUGACAAGUAGUUGCUGUUGCUGGUGUCUUAAUUUACUUGUCUUAAUUUUUCAUAUGCAGACAUUCUAUAUUCUCACAUAAAAACCAAAAGCUAAUCUAUUUACAUAGGAAAGAUUACUACCAUACAGUGCUUAAUUUAAAUUUUGUAUUAACAAUCUUUUUUUCACCAUAUACGUACAUAUGUACUUUAAUUAAUCGAACGAACACAUUCAUAGGGAAUAAAAGAUGUAUGUAUGUAUGUAA